AUGCGCGAUCGACUGUUGUGUGUGGCGCUGGUCGUACUUAGUGUUUCGAUUAUACCGAUCUGGUCGCAGGAUAUCUUCUCCUUGCUACCGGUACCUUCGUUGGGAGUGCUUGGACGCAAGAAACUCUUCAUCACACGCGUUGGUCAAUGCUUGGGCAAGAAGAAUCUACCGGUUUACGUGCCCGAUAUGCGCAUUGUGGCGCGUAAUCGGACGGCGUACGUCGUUAGCGGUGAGGUUCACUUCCGGGAAAACUUCCCCAACGGGUACAAGUUGUCGGUGGUGGUGAAGCAGUGUGACGAUAUGCGGGCCACGAUCAACUGCCGGCCAUUUCUCAACAACAUCGCCAACAGUGAUGGUUGCGGAUUGCUGAGCGCCUCCGGUACGAUGUACAGUGUGUACUUGCGCAACUUCAAGCCGAAGCUGCAGUGUCCUUUCUGGAACGGAACGUACGUUAUGAGUGAAACGUUGGUGGAUGACGGAUUGGUCAAAUAUUUGCCAGGAGGUGGAAGCACCUUCUGGGAAGUGCGGAUGACGGGUCGUGUGAAGGAAAGAAUGAUAUUCUGCGUCGUAAUGCAGCUGAAUGUUCGUCCAAAGAGAAAGCUAUAG